CCUCCAAAUGCCACUAUCUCUCUACGCAGACAUAUGAACUGAAACCGCCCAUUAAAAGAGGAGCCGGAGAAGUUCUCGAUUCAUUAAUGAAGUUGAAGAAAAUGGCAGCGGUGCGAUGCCAAUCACUACUGGUGAUGCUUCUCUUGUGCACUACCUUAGCCAACUCCACAUUCCAGUCUACCUUGGUGUUAGAUAUGGCUAAGCUACUGCUGGAAAACUACUGUUUCCCUGAGAACCUGGUUGGGAUGCAGGAGGCCAUCCAGCAAGCCAUUAACAGUGGAGAAAUCCUACAGAUUACUGACAGGAAAACCUUGGCAAAAGUGCUCACGGACGGAGUGCAAGGGGCGCUGAACGAUCCACGGCUGACUGUAUCAUAUGAGCCAAAUUUCGUCCAAGUGAUGCCACCGGUGCUGCUGUCCUUACCCCAAGAACAGCUGAUCCGGCUGGUGAGGAACUCUGUCAAACUGGAUAUCUUGGAAAAUAACGUGGGAUAUCUGCGGCUAGAUCGGAUCAUAGGAGAGGAAACCACAGCGAAACUUGGGUCCCUGCUGAGAAAUAACAUCUGGGACAAAGUUGCUCACACAUCUUCUUUGAUCUUUGACCUACGAUACAGCACAACUGGAGACUUGUCUGGAGUACCUUUCCUAAUCUCCUAUUUUUCAGACCCCGGGCGCCUCGUCCAUAUUGACACAGUCUAUGACAGACCCUCUAAUACAACCAAGGAACUGUGGACGCUGUCAUCAAUAAUGGGACAACGGUAUGGGAUGAAGAAGGAUGUGAUUAUUUUGACAAGCAAGCGUACCGCGGGGGCUGCUGAGGCUGUGGCAUACACACUAAAACAUUUAAAGAGAGCCGUCAUAGUUGGAGAGAGGACUGCUGGUGGGGCAGUAAAAGUCCGGAAGAUUAAAAUUGGCCGUUCUACCUUUUAUAUAACAAUUCCAGUGGCAAGAUCUGUAAGUUCAAUCACCGGCCAGAGCUGGGAAGUUAGCGGUGUUUCUCCAUCUGUCAAUGUCAUUGCCAAGGAAGCCCUGGGCAAAGCCAAGUCCCUUCUGGCUAUAAGGAGUUCCAUUCCAAAGGUGGUGCACAGGAUCUCAGAUGUAAUUAGGAGGUUUUAUGCAUUUAUGGACAGAGUUCCGGUUCUUCUUCAAUGCCUGCAAUCUAUAGAUUUAUUAUCUGUUGUUUCUGAGGAGGACCUUGCAGUCCAACUCAACCAAGAUCUCCAGAAUGUCUCUGAAGACCCAUGACUGGUCAUCAAACAUGUACAAGACAGCACUGUCAUCACUGAAGAGGAUCAGGACAAAGUGCCAGAUGAUCUGGAAUCAUUAGAGACACUGUUCAAGGUGGAAAUUUUAGCAGGCAAUACUGGCUAUCUCCGAUUUGACAAAUUUGUUGAAACAUCUGCAGUUGAUAAUUUGGAAGAGUUCAUGGCUAAAAAGGUGUGGGAGCCACUUAAAGAUACUAAAAACCUGAUCAUUGAUCUAUGCUUUAACAUUGGUGGGUCAUCAGCCUUCUUAGCCGUUAUGCUCUCUUAUCUGCAGGACACGUCACAGAAACAUCACUUUUUCACAAUAUACGACAGAAUUCAGAACACCACAACAGCAUAUAACUCUGUGCCUGGAAUUACAGGCUCAACUUAUGGCUCCAACCGUGGGGUUUACGUGUUGACCAGCUACUACACCGCAAGUGUUGGUGAAGAGUUUGCCUACUUGACACAGUCACUGCAUCAUGCCACAGUCAUUGGUGAAAUUACGUCUGGGAUCUCGAUGCACUCAAAGACAUUCCAAGUUGAGGGCAGGAACAUUGCCGUCAGUGUUCCUUACAUAAACUUUAUCGACAACAGUGGGGAGUGCUGGCUUGGGGGUGGUGUCGUUCCUGAUGCUAUCGUGCUCGCUGAAGAAGCUGUAGCUCACGUUCAUGAGAUUAUAGACUUUCACCAACAGCUUGGAUCCCUUAUAGAAGGAACAGUGCAGCUGCUGGAAAAAUAUUAUGCAAUUCCUGAGGUGGCAGUAAAGGUCAGAAAGGUACUGUUGAGCAAAUGGACCAAGGUUGAAUCUCUGGCAUCACAGUUGACAGCGGACAUCAAAGAGACUUCAGGUGAUCACCGCCUCCAUAUAUUCUAUUGUGAAGUCGAGCCAGAGUCCCUUCAGGAAGUCCCAAAAAUUCCAACAGUGGAAGAGGCAGGUUACAUCAUUGAUACUCUGUUUAAAACUGAGAUACUUCCAGGCAAUGUGGGCUAUCUAAGGUUUGAUAUGAUGGCAGAUAUAGAGAUGAUAAAAGCCAUUGGUCCCCAGCUCAUAAAGCUGGUAUGGCGCAAGAUAGUAAACACAGAUGCCCUGAUCAUUGACAUGCGGUACAAUACAGGUGGAUAUUCAACAGCAAUUCCACUCCUGUGCUCUUAUUUCUUUGAUGCCGAACCUUUAUGCCACCUUUACACCAUCUUCGACCGCUCAACAACCACCAUGACAGAGGUCACGACACUGCCCCAGGUCAGGUGUCAAUGAUAUGGCUCUUCCAGGGAUGUCUACAUCCUCACUAGUCAUAUGAUAGGAUCUGCGGCUGAAGCGUUCACUCAAACUAUGAAGGACUUGAAUCGGGCCACGGUCAUUGGGGAGCCGACCACUGGAGGGUCUUUAUCAACUGGAACCUACCAGAUCGAGGACACCAUCCUAUACGCUUCCAUCCCUAACCAGAUUGUUUUGAGCGCCAUCACUGGGAAAGCCUGGAGCAUUUCAGGGGUGGAGCCUCACAUUAUUGAUCAGGCAAAUGAUGCUCUUCCCGUAGCACAGAGGAUCACAGCAGCACGGCUGCCAGUGAGACAACAAGGGAAAUAGUUCCUCGCGGUGUUCCCUUAUUUUCUUUAACACCGAUGAGUUGAUUUGUCUUGUAUCUAGUCAUUUU